ACUUCACCUUCAAUCUUAUCUUUAAUUCGCACAUAAAAUGCAUAAAAUCAAAAUCCACUUAGAACUGACGUUUAAUGACGUUUAACAUAACCUUAAAAAAAAUAACAUAACCUUCAUGAGAAACGUCAAAAUUAAAAAUUAUUAUAAUUAUUGAUAAUUAAAGAUUGAAAGGUUAAUUAAUAAUAAAAAUUCGUUACGAAAUGAGUACGUACGAAAUAAGUAAAUCAUCUUUGCUGAGUUUAAAAGCGGAAAUUUUACGAAAACAAGAUGAAGUAACGAAAGCUAAGCUUCAAAAUAAAGCGAAAUCGGUUCAAGAAUCCCGGAAAAGUACCCCAUUGGAAUUAAAAAAUAAAGGGGUAACCGAACGAUCGAAGUUUGAUGAAGUGGAGGAUGAAGAUUUGUUAAAAAAAUCGCGAGAUGUUUUAGAAGCCAAAUCGAAAUUGUACGAACAAUUAGUACAAGGAAAGAAAAAGAAAGGUAGCGAAAGAUUUUUGGUCCAAUUUGGAAGGAAAUUGACGAAUGCAAAACCUCCCGAUGACUCAAAUGAAGAAGACGAUUAUGAUCAUUACCCCGAAAGUGACGAAGAAAGACACUUUUCCGACGAAUACGAACCUGCCAAAAAUCGUGAGGAUGAAUGGGUUGAGUACACGGAUUGUUUAGGAAGAACGAGGAAAUGUUUAAGGAAAGAUUUAGAGCACAUUAAAGAAAAAGAUGUGGAGUUAAAGAAAACGAUUAAAAAGAAACAAGAAAAAAGCGAUGAUAAAAUUGAUGAAAUCGAAAAGAAUGAGGAAAAAAUUAAAGACAAUGAUAUCAAAUUCGACGAAAACUCUGAAUUAUUAUCAAACGAUAUGAGAACAGAGCUUUUACGACAAAAAUGGGAAAAAGAAGAGGAAGAAUUAACCAAAAAAAGCGACGUUCAUUACCAAGAUAUCCUCUUCGACGAAGCUAGAGUCCACGGCGUGGGUUAUUACGGCUUCUCAAAAGACGAGCGUCAAAGAACGCGUCAACAAGAAGCCCUAAAAAAACUUCGCGAAGAAACGCAACGCGAACAACAAAAAGCGGAAGACAAAAAAAAAUUAAGAGACGCUCAAUUAGCAGCUAGGGCGAAAGCGGCGAGAAAUCGAAAACGAGAAAGAAUGGGAUUACCCCCAGAAGAAGAAUCAGAACAAACUGACGAAGUUAUUGAAAAAAAUUUAGAAGAUAAUCAAUCGAAAAGUACCCCACAAGAAAUUGAAGCAGAUCGUAAACGCGAAGAACAAAGAAAACGACAUAUUAGGCCGUGGGAUAUUGGAAAAGAAGGUGUUAAAGAAGAGUUGACCCAAGAAGAAUGGGUUUAUAAGAAACGAAGGGAAAGAAACGAUGAAUUCGCACCCCCUAAAGCGUAUAAUGAGCGAAAGAAACGAGUUGAUAACAAAUUUAAAGUUGAUACAUCAAAACCACCUCCGAAAAUUAAUAAUCCUGCAAAGAAAUUAAAUCCUUAUAAAGAAAAAACUCAGUUUCAAAGAAGGCCGAUUAUUAACGAAUGUUCUGAUUCAAAUUCUGAUUCUGAUGAAUUAAUGAGAGGAAGUUAUGAGGAAGAUAAACGCGGAAAAGGUGUUGAGAUUGCCCCUCCGCCUACUUUUGAUUAUUAUGGACCAAGUCUAAGUAAAAAAUUAAAAACGUCCAAGCCAAAAGAGGAUAUUGCAGAAUCUAUUACAGCUGGGUUGCAGUUUUUGAGGCAACAGUCCGAGAAAAAGGGCAGAAAUCGGGACGAUGAUAUGUUUGUAACUUAAUGUUAUUGAAUAAACAUUUAAUAAUCA